AUGGCGGAAUCCCCUGUUCUGAAGAAGAAACGUGAGGAGGGUGAGAAUGGGGCGGCUGAGUCCCAAAAGGAAGGUGCCGCCGCCGCUGGGUUCCCUUUGGCGGACCUCUCUGUGCGGAGGGUGCUCAGAGAGUCUGCGCGGGACAAGACCAUCUUCCUACACGGGCAGGUGAAGAGUGCAUCUGGGGAUGGGACUGACGCCGUGGUGAUUUUGGAGAAGACUCCCUUCCAGGAGGACAACAUUUCUCAACUCCUUAAAAAAUACACAAAGCUGCAGCUUCAAAUGUCCAACGACAUCUACAGCACCUAUCACCUCUACCUUCCUCCAGAGCUCAAUGAGGUAAAGACAACCGUGGUGUAUCCAGCAACGGAGAAGCAUCUUCAGAAAUACUUGCGCAGAGAGGUGUAUCUUAUCCAGGAGACUGGGGCUGAUUACGAUACCAUUACAUUGCCAUUUAUUGAAUCUCAGAGCUUCAGCAUUCAGUGGGUAUACAAUAUCCUGGAGAAGAAGGCUGAGGCUGACCGAAUAAUCUAUGAAAAUCCAGAUCCCACCAAUGGUUUUGUCCUCAUUCCUGAUUUGAAAUGGGACCAAAAGCAGCUGGAUGACUUGUACUUAAUUGCUAUCUGCCACUGCCGGGGAAUAAAGUCACUGAGGGACCUCACUGCUGAGCACCUUCCUUUGCUGAGAAACAUCUCAAAAGAAGGGAAGGAGGCCAUAGUGAAGCACUUUGGGGCUGCUGGAGCCCAGUUGCGGGUCUAUCUGCAUUACCAACCAUCUUAUUAUCACCUCCAUGUACAUUUCACUUCCCUGGGCUACGAUGCCCCCGGAUCCUCUGUGGAGCGAGCCCACCUCCUUUCGGACGUGAUCGAUAACCUGGAACUCGACUCCCGCUACUAUCAGAAGCGCACUCUGACCUUUGCCCUCCGUGCUGAUGAACCCCUACUGAAAAAAUUCCAGGAAGCUGGUCGAGUCUGAACUCAUCGUUGAGGACAGCUGGAUUAUGAAUAUCAACAU